GUGAGCCCUCUGCUGACGGGAGGAACACUCUGCUCCCAGGUCAGGGAAACAUGUCCCGUCGGAAACAGACCACUCCUAACAAAGUUCACUUGAACAUUGCUCUUCUAUCUGCAAUACAAGUGAUUGUAUCUCCAGUCUUGGUCUUGGGGGAAGCUGCCUGACAAACACUCUACCAGUGGGCAUGAGGUUGAGGUUAUGGCAUCAGGUAUGCCAUGGAGAGGAAUUCUGGGACCUGUUCACCUCCUUUACAUGCAGUACGUUGCUACAGAGCAACCAUUCAGCAGGAGCCAUCAGGAGCAGCAAGUAGGACCACAAGAAAAUAAAGGGACUGAAAGAUACCAGAAACAUGUCAAUGAUGAUGUCUCCACCUUGGGAUGGAAAAUCUUGUCUGUCUUAUGAUGAACACCACGAAAUCGUUGGGACUUCUCUGUCUACCUAGCCUGCUGUGUGUCUGGAGGGCCCAGAAAUGCCGUGCAGUGCCCUGACGAGGAUAAUCGGAGAGAGCAUCGGCUCCAAGAACGGGGUGAGCCAGCAGAAUGAGGAGUCAGGCUGAGACAUAGCAGACACGUUACUGGGACUUCUUCACAGGGACUGAAGUGGUUGGGAGGAGAGGAAUGAAAGGGACAGCAGGUAUGCAGCUUUUUACACAGUUGUCUGCAGCUGGGGUCUGAUUUGGCAGGCUCUGGGGCUGGGGAAGUGCUUUUUGGAUUUGCAUAAAUACAACUGUGAAUAUCUGACUGGACAAAUUUAAUGGGAGGAUGGUGCCUACUUCUUCCUUGCAUGGCUACUCCAUGUUCUCUUCUUGGACUCACUAGGGCAAGCGACAGCUGCAGAUCUCCUCUCCCUGGCUUGCUUGGUGCUUCCUCUUUCCAGGGUUACUUUCCAGGCUUGGCAUGGCCCUCAUUUCACCUUGCUCUCACAACAACGUGGUUUGCUCUCCUCACUUAGCACAGAAUCGUUUUGUUUGGCAUGCAGACCGACGGGCUAGGAGAUUGUGUUACAAGUCAAAAGAGUUUUAAAUGGAAGUUGAUGUGUAAGGAAAUUCAAAGUAAUACUGAAGCAAUGGUAAAACAAUUAUAAAAAUUACUAUUAUCACAUAGGUCUCAUUGUGCAUGGUGGCCAGUCCUGCAGUUUUAAUUGUAGUCAUUUCCCCUGCAGCACGUAAUUGGCUCUUGAUAAUUUAAUUUUGUUUUGCCAUGUGGUGCUUGAAAAACACACCUGACAAAGUGCUAAAAAAGAGAACAGUAACAGUGGAAUAUAUUUACUGAAAAAUACAAUACAGUUAGGUUGUUUCUGUGGAGAUACCUUAAUUGAUUCAAUUUGGUCUUUAUUGUCUCCCAGAGUCUGAAGUAGAAAAGUAUAAAAACUCUCUAAGCAAUUCAUCUGCUCUUGCACUCAAGCCCAUCCGUUGCUGCGCUGUCACCCCAUCAGUUGUGGACCACUUGCUGUCUUUGCGCUUGCCAGAAUUUGCUGCAGGUGUUAACGUGCACUUCUCUCUCCCUGCCAUCCAUGAGCUGCUUUGCUUUCUAUUGCUUGUGCCCUCUGCAACUGAUGCUUAUUUUAGAACUCUGGAGAACAGCUUCUGUUAGUCAGAUUAAUUCCUGCUUCCGAGCUCUAUUUAUCAUGGUCCUAGUAUCCCAUUAAUCCUCUAUUUGCUUCCCUCUCUCUCUGACACACAUAUUCUGUGCUCUUUGGUGUUCCUUGGAUUCUGCUGUCUAUAAUAUUCCCAGUUUGAAGAGGAAGUAUCUUGCAAGAAGUAGCACCCAGCAUUCUCAACCAAGCAGAAAUGUUACUUGCAUCAAAACCCUUGGUUCUGAAGGGCUCCGUGGGCUGCCAUUGUUAACCCUUUCAAUUGUGUUGUUUUUCAUUUCAGUAACCACUACAGCAGUGUGGACAACCCAGAAUAGCCAUGGGGCAGGUGGAAUAGAUCCACAGUGGUGGAAAGACUUGCAAAUUUCAGGUCCAGGAACACAGAGAAGACCUACAUGAACAGGGACUUUAAAUUGGUGUACAAGGGGGGAAUAAAAUGACUCAUCUCUGAGAGACCUUUCUGUUUAGGAAGGAAGGCAGGGGAAUGAUGCAGUUCCUUUGGAUUUUGUUUUGUGGAUUUUGGGGUGGGAGUUGUUUGUUUGUGUGUUUAUUUUCCAGAACACCUGAGAGUUAUCCUGCAUUCAUACAGUUGGAGAAGGGAAGGGCUCAGGGCUGAUAACCCAGCAGACCCUAACAGUCAUGCCUAUCUCUGUUGCUCAGUACCACAGGGCUGUCCCCUACCUCCACCGCUGCUCACCUGGUAUACCAGUCAUUCACAGGAGUAUGGAGAGGAGAAUGGAAUACAAAGCAGAGGCAUUUGUGUGAUCUCUCAUCUCUAGCUGCUUGCUGCUGCUCAGUGGGAAUGUAAUCUGUCUGGAAGGGAAGAAAACAAACACAACUGCUUCUACGAGCAGCUGCAGUGGCGUUUGGGAAUCCCGUUUUGGAGCUCUGUCACAGGUAGCACAUCUCCCACCAUAGUUUUAUAUCUGUCCUGCGUUCUGCAGGUUUCCUCAUUUCACCAUGCUUUCUCUUUCUCUUGCAAUGGUUUUUUGGUCUCUGGGCUUUUAUCCUGGUGGUUUGUGGGUAUCUGCUUCUUGGAGAGGCUCUGGGAUUCUGUGUGUCUGCUGCUCAUACAGUCUGUAUCUCACAACAUGAAGCUGUGAUCCAGACAUAAAAGCACAACUCCAGGUCAUAAAAACCAUUCGGUGCUGGAAUGGCUUCUGAAGGGGCUAUGUGUAUCACAGCAGUCAUGACGGUACCUGUUGUUUUCAGUGACAAAUAGACUUGGGGUGCUUCUCAGCACCUCUCCUCACAUGCAUGGAUUGUGUUCUCAAGUUUUCUCUACAGAAACCUUUCUCACAUUUCUAAACAGAAUGAUAAAAGCCUUCAAAUGCUUUUGGAAACCUCCAUGGGGACAUUGGGAACUAAAACUCUUCUCCCACAGUCUCUGUGAAACUUCUGAAGGUCUUUGAAAUCUUCUCUAAAUUGUGGCUUUUUAAAGCCCUGCCAAAAUGGUGAGGUAAGCCUCAGGAAAGGCAGGGAGUGGGAACACAGAGCAACACUGAGUGGAACAGUUCAGCAUGUGAGAAUGUGCCUGUCCUUGUAACAGGACUGGUGCUCUCUCGAGAAUUCAAUUCCCUGGUCAUACUGAUGCCAGCUGUGGCCCAGUACUAAAAAGUAGCAUUUUCUUCUGAAAGCUGUGUUUUGAUUUUAUUUGAAAAAUGCACUGCAUCUUCCUUGGCAUUUUUGCAUUUGUGCUUUGAGUGGUCCUUAAGCACUUAAAAAUCAGUUGAUAAAUGCAACCCAAAAGACAGCCUGCUGGGAACUUCAGCAUCUUUGCCAGGCCUCCCAGCUCAUCCACUGAAAAAGGUAAAUCACAACUACACCUGGAACAAAGUAAUUUGUUUGCUUGAAUAUGAAAAUUAAUGGUUACCUUUUAUUGUUAUUCUCUGGAACCAAAAGUUAUCUUGAGUGGGGAUUACUGUAAGUUUUCUUUCAGAGAAGCACAAAUAACUGCUUUCUUCCAAGGUGUUUGCCAUUUCCUGUUGAGCUGAGAUACUAGUGGUCAGUGCUUUCAACAGAACAGGCUGUUUUGUCCUAAACGUGCAUCUCAGCUCUCAGGGUUCCUUCCCUUGGGUUGCUGUUUUGAGCACAUGAAGUGCCACUGAGAUUUACUUUAGCAAGAGCCAUUCCUGGGCAAGGCAAGGUAGUGGAGCAAGUCAUCCAUCGUAUGCACAGGAGAACACCAGCUCCAAGCACAAACACCUUCUACAAGGACAGCUUGUCCUUAUCCCUCCUGGAACAGAAGGAGGUGACAGAGCAUGCCAAGAACAGCCCCUAGUUUUGGUAUUACUGUGGAGGCAGGUGACGUACCAGGCCCUUAGGGAGGCUCUAUUUUUGUGCAAGAUGCCUGUUAUAGCAGGGAAUAGGACUUAAUGAUUUAGAAGAGCUGUACAGUAUUAUCCCUGGUCUGGGAUACUGUCAUAGUCCCCAGGGGCUUUGCCCAGCCUAGAGCUGUGCUGUAGGAUAUUGGUGGAUAACUUGGCAGCAAAAGCCACCUGGCAAUCUAAGGCAGGUAUAUGGGUCUCCCAGGUUUUUGUGGCUGGAGUGGCAUAUACAGCGUAUGCAGGGGGCAGGCCAAUGCUGGACAUUGCCCUAGUGAGACUGUUCUACACCCAGGCACUGGACUUGCACCAGCAGGUGCCAGAGGCUGGUGUGGCGGGGUAGGCAAACAGAGAAGUGAUCUAAGUGCUUUCCAAGAGGUGACUCCAGAGGUUCUGCACAGUGCAGGGGAGCAAGUCUUUGCAGGGCUGGAGGAGCAAGCCCGCCAAGCCAUGAUGAAAAACAACUUUCCUGGAGCUCUUGGGGACCAAAGGCCAGCCAUCCGUCCGCUGCAAGACCCUGACUCCAGCAGCAGUGGCAGUGAUGAUGAGGAAACCACCCAGGAUGAAGUUUCUUCCCAUACAUCCGAGGAGGAUGGCUCCAUGGUGAAAGUGAAGAAGGAAUUGGAGAAUGCAGAACGACCUAUGGCCGGAACCCCACUGAUGAGAGAAAACGAGGUGCCUGAGAGUUUGAACACUGACCCCGUGCUGGGACUGUCACAGUGCCCCCUCUGCCAGCUGGAGUGUGGAAGCAGAGAGCAGCUCAUUGCUCAUGUGUACCAGCACACUGCAGCAGUGGUGAGUGCCAAGAGCUACCUGUGUCCUGUAUGUGGCAGAGCCCUCAGCUCACCAGGGUCCCUUGGGAGGCACCUCCUGAUCCACUCAGAGGACCAGCUGUCCAACUGUGCAGUGUGUGGAGCACGGUUCACCAGCCAUGCCACCUUCAACAGUGAGAAGCUGCCGGAUGUGCUCAGUGCAGAUCGGCUGCCGGCGCCACAGAGCCAGGGCCCCUCCGGUGCCGAGGGGAAGGGCGUUGCCUUUCGCACCCCCGUGUACCCCGCGGGCAUCCUCCUGGUGUGCAACAACUGUGCCGCGUACCGCAAGCUGCUGGAGGCGCAGAGCCCCAGCAUGCGCAAGUGGGCCCUGCGGCGGCAGAACGAGCCCCUGGAGGUGCGGCUGCAGCGCCUGGAGCGGGAGCGCACGGCCAAGAAGAGCCGGCGGGACAACGAGACGCCCGAGGAGCGGGAAGUGAGGCGCAUGCGGGACCGGGAAGCCAAGCGGCUGCAGCGCAUGCAGGAGACAGACGAGCAGCGGGCGCGGCGGCUGCAGCGGGACCGGGAGGCCAUGCGCCUGAAACGCGCCAACGAGACCCCUGAGAAGAGACAGGCCCGGCUCAUCCGGGAGCGCGAGGCCAAGAGGCUCAAGCGGCGCCUGGAGAAAAUGGACAUGAUGCUCCGGGCACAGUUUGGCCAGGACCCCUCUGCCAUGGCUGCUUUGGCAGCUGAGAUGAACUUUUUCCAGCUACCAGUGAGCAAUGUGGAGCUGGAGAGCCAGCUGCUGGGCAAAAUGACCUUUGAGGAGCAGAGCAACAGUACGCUGCAGUAAACCACAGCCACAAAUGGUGCUGCCUCUGCUGUGCCUGCCCCAGGUGCACUAGCAGGCUUCUGCACUCAGGAGGCUGCUGGGGGUCUCUCUCUGAACUUCCCUGACGGGUGGUUCUGGUUCUCUGAACCCAGGAGGAGAACAGAGCUGAGAGAUGUCUGCCAAAGCAGCUCUGGUGGGAGCAGAUUCUGAGAAUACAGUCUGCUCUGGGGGCCAAGUCACAGCCUGUGACAGAAGGAAAAUAAAUUAAUGUUCACAUUUAUUA